UGUAAACUAUUCAACAUGGAGACGGCAGUAGAUAAGCUGGAGGCUUUGUUCCAGAAGGCGGAGGCUGAUAUUGAAUAUGUGGAGAAGCGGCUGAAGUUUGACUUCAUGACGAGCGCUCGGGAGAGCGGCGCCGUGGAGGGAAACCCCGUUCAGCUCCUGGAGAACCUGGCAGCCAUUAAGGCUCGUCACUCAGCUCUGUGCGCGCAGGUGGAGGAGAUCGCGGCCGAACAGAAACGCUCCAUGGACUCCAUCAGAGCUCACCUGGACACCACAGUGAGGCUGGUGGAGGAGCUGCAGAACACGGCCGAUAUUCAGGUUCCUCCCCUCAGCGAGGCAGAACAGGAGGCGAGAGAUGCUCUCUGCUCGUCAGUAGCUGCUCUUUCUGUCGAGGCGCCGUCUGACCCUCUCGCUCAGGAGGAGAAUCACUCAGCGCGGGUUCCGGAGGUGACGGACGCCGAGUUCGAAGCCGUUCCACGAAGCGUGCGAGGAAACGUGAAGCUGACUGACCUCAACACCCUCUACAGACAGCUGACAGAGCACUUCUCAGAACAGAACAGAGCGCCGCUGAGCUCGCACAGGAUGAAGAAACUCAACAUGAAGGUCAGCGACGCCGCCGUGAAAACGCUGCAGCACCUCUCGCUCAUCGAGGUGGACAAGAAGGGAAACGUGUCUCUGAGCUCCAGAGACUGAAAACGACCAGAACGAGACUGUUUGACCCCACAGCGUCCGCAGCGCUCGGCUGACAGGCUAACAGCCCCGUCCAGCCUCCUCAGAGGUGAACGGAAGAUUACAUCGUUAUCCGCUUUCUACGUUCAUUGUUAGCCACGUUAGCAUGUUUGGUCAGCUGUUGGACAGCGAUGCCGGUGAGUCUCAGAGUUUAAAGGCUGGACACGGAGCUGCGCGCUGACCUCUGUCAGAGUGGAUUGUUUAUUAUUUCAUACAGUUUUUAAUAAAACAGCUGCAGAAAUCGGCGCCACACAGAGAUCACAGCAGAUCAGUCAGCACAACUAAAAAUCUGGAGAACUAUUUUUAUACAGAUACUUAAAAAUGAGAAUCACUGCAAAAAUGACGCCUUCGUGAGUGAAUAUCUGUGAUAUUUCUCAUUAUGAAAAUUACUGUAAGAACGUUAAAGAUUAAACAACCUGUUUCUACACAUUUUUACUGAACGACUUAAGCCAGUUACACAGUCUAAUUUAAUCUAGUGAAACACUGUUACACUGGCAGAUAAGGAUGCAUGGUUAAGAAAUAAUGCAGAUAAUUUGGCUUAUUUUAAGAAAUAAUGCAGAUAAUUUGGCUUAUUUUAAGAAAUAAUGCAGAUAAUUUGGCUUAUUUUAAGAAAUAAUGCAGAUAAUUUGGCUAAUUUCAGGAAACAAUGCAGAUAAUUUGGCUAAUUUCAGGAAACAAUGCAGAUAAUUUGGCUUAUUUCAGGAAACAAUGCACUCAGUGUUGAAGACACAAAAUGAUCUUCCAGUAAAAUAAAACACUUUCAGUAGAAAAAAAUAUUUAAAACGAGUCAAAAUGUACAACAGUCUCCUAAUGAGGAAUAUUAUAGUGACUAGAGGUAUAUAGAUAUUAAUAUGCUAUAUUUUUUGCGGUGUAUGAAUGACUGUGUGGGGAUUUAGUGUCCAGAUUCCCAAAAGAGGAAUUAUUUUAUUAAUGAUUUGGUUAAAAGGGAACCUGUGCGCCGUGUUUGGACUCUGAAAGCACUCGGCGUCAGUGUAAUUUCAGUGGAUGAGGAAUAUCUGCUCAGAAACGCGCCGUGUGGGAACGUCUGGACGGAUUCAGUCAGUUAAAGGUCAGUGAGUCUGACCGCAGCCCUGCAGGACGAAGAGGAGGAUCUCUGUGAAGCUCUGAGUCACUGACGGGGGAGAUUUACUGUGUUUAUAUCUGUAUUUGUUCAAUUAAAGCAUCGUCAAACCAGAAA